AUAGUCAGACAGCCUGGCAGCAGGCGAGGCUGUCUGUCUCACACAGGUAGGAAAUGCAAAUGAGAUCAGUUAGAGCUGCUCUUCACAUUCUCUCUCUAUCGCUCACUUUCGAUCUCCAACACCAUUUGCAUCCAAAGACCGAAACAAAGACAUUUCCCCAUGACUUGAGCUGCGAUACUCAACCCCAAAUCAUAGCAAUGAGCUUCCUUGGAAAACUGAAGAAACUACACAGUGGACCUCCAGCUCCACCCAGAAGGACAGAUGACAAUGCGACGUUUCUGUGGCCACAGGAUGAGUUUGAUGACGAUGACGUUGACACGUAUGAAGCGCCUCCUUGUGAGCGUCCGGCUGUGAAAGUCCCUCCGAGAGAAGAGGAGGAGAACGUUUAUCUAGAGAGGAUUCCCAAUCCUGCUAUUGAGCAGAGACAGGUUGCACCUCCACCCAGACCAGGCAAACCCUCGAAACCUCUACAACAUGCAGAGGAUUUCCUCUAUGAUCCCAAAACCAAGAAACCACCUGAGAUAGACAGAAAUGAGAAGCCUGGGAGAAAGAAAAUGCUGCCUCCUCCACCGGUCCGCUCUGCUCCUGCUCCAUGCCCUGCUCCUGCUCCAUGCCCUGCUCCUUCUCCAUGCCCUGCAUCAAACGCUGAAGAAGAUGUGUAUCUGGAUCCAAAUGAAGAACAUGAAGACAAUGAUGAGCUGUAUUUAGAACCAACAGCUGCUUGUGCUCCUGCCACUAGUGGGCUGAUGAGGAUGCCUCCAUCUCCUAAGACAGCAUUUGUACCUUCUUCCAUACCUAUGAUGAAGCCUCCGGUUCCCAGAGCUCAGUCUAAUUCACUUUUGCCUUCCUUUAAUGAGUUGACAACGGCUCCUUCAGUUGAAGCAAGACGUGGCACAUUUCCUACCAAACUCCCUCCACCAACUCCCGGUUAUAAGCCUCGUCUGCCAGUAAACCUGAAGGAAGCCAAAGCCAGCCUUCUGAAUGCUGCUAUGGCGGACACAAAGCCUGUGGCCAUCCCUGGUGAUAUGAGGGCAACCAAACAAUCUGGGAAUGAGGACAAAGAAUGGUUUGCUGAAAAUUGCAACAGGAAGACAGCUGAGGAUCUCUUAUUGAGGGUCAACAAGGACGGGGCCUUCCUCAUCCGUCACAGCUCAGCCCAGAGUUCCCGGCAGCCCUACACCCUCGCUGUGCUCUUCCAGCAGAAGGUGUACAACAUUCCCAUCCGCUUCCUGGGAGAGCCACAAGGUUACGCCCUCGGAAAAGAGGGAAAGAAGAACGAAGAGAUUUUUGGCGCCCUCGAUGAGAUGAUCUCUCACCACAAGAAUAACCAGCUGCUUCUGAUAGACAGCAAGAGCCAGGCCAAGCACACAACAUAUUUAACCCACCCUGUACGCCCUUAAAACCAUACAACUGGGAGCUUCUCUCAUGGUCUCUCAAGUCCGCAGUUUAAAAAGUUUACAGUAGGUGUACUAUGUCCCAGAAGUGUAAUUAGAACCAUCAGUGACACACCCAAAGUACUGUUUUCAUGAUGUUGUUUAUAGAUUGAAAUAAACAAUGCAAACUUUUGCUGCACUGAACCAUCAGCAAAGAUUAUGUAAACGUCACAAACAGUGAUGGUAAAUGACUUACUGUAAAUGACUUACUGUAAAGCUCACAGAUCCUCAAGUUAUGUUGUUUGACAAAGUGCUUUUUCCUGUUUUGUAAUCAUUUUAGCAAUGAUUGCCCAAGGUUAACUGUUCUCUGUUGGGAUGAAGGAAUGAUGUUACCUUCAGUUUGCUGUAUUUCACUAACUUUUAAACAUACAAACAGCAUGUCUUUGUUGUUAUGUGAUUUCAAACCACAUAACAUUUGCAGCUAAAACCUUCACCCUAACGUUCUGCCUCCUGCUCAUUUCCAUUUUUACAGUAUGGUCAUACGUGAUGAACCACUGAGAUAAAUGUCUCCAUGAAUCAUUUUAUUUUAGUCACAAGUACAAAUCUGGAUGUUUAUCUUUCUCCAAGUUUGAAUAUACUGUAUGUUACAGGUUUCUUUUCGGUGUUAUAUUGUAGAUAUUGUGCAAUACAGUCAAGUCAAAAUGCAUCUUUUUAUUUUAUUUCUUUUCCUACAGUUUCGUUAUAUAUUUACUGUUGUUGGCCGGUAACCACCUGGUCUUUGUUUGU